AUGGUCCUUCCCCGGCUGCUGCCCAGGGCGCUGGCCCGAGGGCUGGCCUGGCCGGGCUGCGGGCGGGCUCUGCGCCGGGCGGCCUCUGACUCGGCACCAGCGGCCCCAGACUUCAAUAGUUUUGUCAUUCGGACCAACACUUGUGGAGAGCUGCGUUCUGCUCAUGUGGGACAGGAAGUCACACUGUAUGGAUGGAUUCAGUAUCAAAGACAAGGCCUGUUUCUGGUUUUGAGGGAUUUCCAGGGACUGACCCAGAUCCUCAUUCCACAGGAUGAGUAAGCACAUUCCCAUGUGAAGACGCUCUUGUCUAAUGCCCCAGUGGAGUCUGUUGUGCGAGUGACUGGAAUUGUGUCCCCUCGGCCCCCAGGGCAGGAGAAUCCGAAAAUGCCAACAGGGGAUAUUGAAGUGAAGGCGGAGACUGCAGAGAUCCUGAACUCCUGCAAGAAGCUACCUUUUGAAAUCAAGGAUUUUAUCAAGAAAUCAGAGGCCUUACGGAUGCAGUAUCGCUACUUGGACUUGCGUAGCUUCCAGUUGCAGUAUAACCUGCGGCUGAGAUCACAGAUAGUGAUGAGGAUGCGGGAAUAUCUGUGUAACCUCCAUGGGUUCGUGGAUGUAGAAACUCCAACGCUCUUUAAAAGAACCCCAGGGGGAGCAAAAGAAUUCCUUGUGCCCUCGAGGGAAGCGGGCAAGUUCUACUCUCUGCCACAGAGUCCUCAGCAGUUCAAGCAGCUACUCAUGGUUGGAGGCCUGGACAGGUACUUUCAGGUUGCUCGCUGCUACCGAGAUGAAGGUUCGCGGCCUGACAGGCAGCCUGAGUUCACUCAGAUAGAUAUAGAGAUGUCAUUUGUAGAUCAGGCUGGGAUCCAGAGACUGGUAGAGGGCCUCCUGCAAUAUUCCUGGCCUGAGGAAAGAGGCUCCAUUACGACUCCUUUCCCUUCCAUGACAUACGAGGAGGCACUGGCUGACUAUGGGACUGAUAAACCAGACACUCGUUUUGGGAUGAAGAUAGUGGAUAUCAGUGAUUUUUUACGAAGAUCGGACAUUCGGUUUGUGCAGAAUGCACUCAGUUACCCACACGGCACUGUCAAAGCCAUUUGUAUCCCUCGGGGAGUGAGAUAUCUUAAAAAUAAAGAUUUGGAGUCAUUAAAGGAGUCUGCAAAAUCGCAGUUUAACCAGGGAAUCGUGGAAAUUAUCUGCAGGCCUGAUGGAAGCUUGAAGUCUCUGCUUACAAAGUUUCUUGGUGAGAAGCAGCAGUCAGAGCUUAUCCAAGCACUGAACAUGCAGGUGGAUGAUGUGGUACUGCUGGCAGCUGGUGAACACAAGCAAGUGUGCUCUGCAUUAGGAAGCCUACGAUUGGAAAGUGCUGACCUCCUUGAGGCGGCUGGGCUGGUACUCCGUGAUCCUACAGCUUUUCACUUUCUGUGGGUGGUGGAUUUCCCCCUUUUCCUCCCAAAGGAAGAGAAUCCCACUGAACUGGAAUCCGCUCAUCACCCCUUCACUGCCCCUCAUCCUUCGGAUACCAGCCUCCUCUAUUCUGAUCCCACAAAGGUCCGUAGCCAGCACUAUGACCUUGUGCUGAAUGGCAAUGAAGUUGGAGGUGGCUCCAUCAGAAUUCAUAGUGCAGAACAACAGCGUUUUGUGCUGGAGAAAGUACUGAAGGAGGAUUCUGAGGUGCUUUCCCAUCUGCUUGAGGCUUUGGAGUUUGGAGCUCCACCUCAUGGAGGAAUUGCUUUAGGGCUUGACAGGCUGAUCUCUCUCAUCGUUGACGCUCCAAGUAUCCGAGAUGUCAUUGCUUUUCCUAAAUCCUUCAGGGGACGAGACCUGAUGGGCAAUGCUCCAGACUACGUCACUCCAGAAGAACUAGAGCCAUAUCACAUCCAGGUUUCCUGGCCUCUUGCAGAAAAAGAGGCAAAGAAAAACUGACUUAAAGCCAGUGAUGUAAGCUGAUCUGUUUAACCAGAGGUAGUUACAGCUUCUAAAUACUAGAAUUCAGUUCAGAAAACAUCAGCUGUUAUAGGAGGGUGGGGGACAGUACAACCCCACUGUACUAUGGCCAGUUUCAGGAUUGAAUGGGAAAUAGAUACAAGGGCUCCCUGAUAGGAAUUGACUUUUGGGUUGGUAAUGGGAAGGAGAAGUAGAAGAGCAAAAGAACAUAAUUUUAGCAUAGGAUAUUGAGACUACUGGCUUUGGGGUGUCAUAUUGGAGGGAAGAUGGGAUCUAUUUUUUUUUUUUCACUCCCCACUUUUUACAUGUCCCUUGUGAAGUAUUUCUCCUCCCAUCUGGAGGAGAUAGUGUCAGCUUCCCUGGCAGGAUGGUUUGUAUUCCUGAUGAUCAUUGAAUGCGUUAGCUGAGGACUGUUACAAUAAAGCAGUGCUGUGCUGAGCCAAAAGCUCUGGACACUUCACAGCAAAACUUCAGUGCAGCCAGCAGCUUGUCUCAUGUUGGAGGAUACAAGAUCAUCUAGAAUUUGCCAUGGGGAGUUCAUAUUCAGCUGUGUUCUCCCUUCAAAGAGGGGGAGAGAAGCGUUUGUAACACUUGCAACAGUUGUCCUAGUAAUACUUGUCAAAGAGGUGAUGAUCUGUCUUUGGGGCCUGUGGUCCUGGUGCUUUUCAGCACACUAAUUCUGAAGUUUGUAUGUUUGUAAAUAAACUUUAUCUGGCAACGUG